AUGUGGCAGCCGCCGCCGCCCUCCGCCUCCGGCCCGCCGGGCCCGGCCGGCCGCCUCCCGCGCUGCUGCCCCGACCCCGCGCGCCCGCUCCUCCCCUCGCCGGACCGCGCGCGACCCCGCCGUCGGGCACCAUCCUUCAUUGGCCAGUUUGUAGUGGUCUACUUUGAUGACAUAUUGAUUUAUAGCAAAACUUUGGAGGAUCAUGUUGGACAUAUAAAAUGUGUGCUUGCUGUCCUACGGGAGGAAAAGUUGUAUGCUAACGUGGAAAAGUGCACAUUUUGCACAAACAAGGUUGUGUUUCUUGGCUUUGUUGUUUCGGCAAAAGCUGUGGAGGUCGAUGAAGAGAAGAUCAAGGCUAUUCGUGAGUGGGUGCCUCCACAAAAUGUGAGCCAAGUACGUAGCUUCCUCGGACUUGCAGGUUUCUACUGCCGGUUCGUGAAGGAUUUCAGCAGCAUUGCUGCACCAAUGAAUGAGUUAAAUAAGAAAGACACUCCAUUCCAAUGGGGUGAUGCCCAAGACAAGUCCUUCCAAGAACUGAAGAUGCGAUUGAUAUUAGCCCCAUUGCUGUCCCUUCCUGAUUUUGGUAAGACAUUUGAGAUCGAAUGUGAUGCAAGUGGUGUUGGCAUUGGUGGAGUAAUAAUGCAAGAAGGGAAGUUCUGCGGCUACAUGGAGUACCACGCACGAUUGUGUCAGACCGUGACACCAAAUUUCUGA